UGUUUAGAGCCUCAGCCCUAUACAAACACAUGAAAAUUCACGCGCCCGUUCUUGGAGUACCGCGAUGCUGCAGAAGAAAAAACCUCUUUCGGGAAUAAAAAAACGAAAUGAAAACACAAAUUAGAACUUCUUAGAGAGGAAACACUCCAUUUUUCCCCAUUCAUCUCAUCAAUUUCCUUUGAUUUGGGAAAAGAGCCCCAGAGAUACGCAGAGUUUCUUCUAUUUGCCCUAAUUCUUCUUCCAGUAUCAUUUUGUUCCCCUUUGCACUUGAAGUUGCAGGCGUCGCCUGUUGCUCCUGUUUAGGAUUUGAAAUGAGAGGGGAUCCUCGCCUGAAAAGCUCAAAGAGAAGGAAGAGCUCUCACAAGAGGAGUCAGAGCUUGUCAUUGAGCCCUGAUAGUGAAUACAAAGAGAAGAGAAAGAAAAGUUCACAUAGGAAGAGUCAGAGUUCAUCAUUAAGCUCUGACAAUGAAUAUGAGGAGAGGAGAAAGAAAAGUUCACACAAGAAGAGACAGAUCUCAUAUUCAAGCUCUGAUAGUGAAUACGAAGAGAGAAGGAAAAGGCACCGAGACAGGAGUCGGGACAAAGAGAUUCGUAAAUCCAAGAAAGAGAGAAGAGAAAGAAAGAGAAACAAGCAUAAGAAAGCUAAGAAAGAUUCACAGGAUAGUGUCUCAGAGCUUUCUAAUGAUUCGCAACUAGAAUUGGAGGACCCCAAGGAGAUUGUUUGUUACAUCCUCCACAAGUUUCCGGACCAGACCGGGGAUCUGAAACAGCUCUUGGAAAUGGUUGAUGGUGGACAGGCUAUAGACAUUAGUGGCAUGUCUAACCGUUUCCUAUCGAGAAUUCUUAAGCAACUAUUUAUAUCAUUGAAUCUCCAACGAAAUGAGAGUGGCGUUUUCUUUUUGCCUCCAAAGGUUUGCCCUUGUUUGGAGGUUGUAGGGUCUUUAUUCAUGGCUCCAAAAUCCAAGGAAAAACAGUCGCCUCCUCAGAUUGGAGUUUCAAUUGGGGUUGAAUCUUAUAAUUUGAAUUUGGAAGGUAGAGGAACUGAAUGCCCAGAUGAUGUUGGUUCAUUGAUUGGUCCACGUAAUAAAGAUGAUUCUCCAGCUGUUUCUAAAAGAAGGGUGAUUGGUCCUGACAUGCCAUCAGCUGAGGUCUUAGCAGCAGCUGCCAAGUUGACUGAAGCAGAAGCCCAGCUGAGGGAAGCUGAAAUGGAAUUGGAUAAUGACGGCAUAUUUAUAGGUCCUCCUCCACCAAUUAUGGUUGCUGAAGCUGAAUCAGCAAAUGAUGCGGAGCGCUUUGAGGAGGUGUCUCGUAUCAUUGGAGCUGAAGAUAGUAACCCCUAUGAGGUGCUUGGAUUAAAUCGAGAAGUUUCCGCUGAAUUCAUUAAAAAGAGGUACUGGAAAAUGUCCCUUUUGGUGCAUCCGGACAAAUGCCCUCAUCCUGAAGCACAACAAGCAUUUGUCAAGUUAAAUCAAUCCUUCAAGGAUCUGAUGGAUCCUGAAAAGCGAGGGGUUAUUGAUGAGAAGAUCAAAGAAAAAGAAGAAUUAGAGGAAUUUAAGGCCGAAAUGCAGGCAUGUCGUGAAGCUGCACAUUGGAGGCAAAUACGAGGUGAGUCUUUGCCAGGUGAUGAGGAGUUACUCGGUGGGAUUAAACCACCACCUAAGCGAGAAGAGUGGAUGACUACGCUUCCUCCUGAAAGGAAAGCUGGUGUGAGCAUGCAAUCAAUGUCCUUCAGCAAGGGGGGCAAGGAAGGUCGGGGUGAUACAAGUGUUUGGACAGACACUCCUUUGGACAAAACCCAGAAAGCAAGGAUGAACUACCUUGAGGCCUACGACCAUGCCGCCGCUCUUGGUGCCAGUGAUGGUAAGAAGGAAGCUCUGGCGAGGAAACGCGAUACUGCCACGGCAGAAAUCAUCGAUGCAUACAAUAAAUCAAAGCGCUCGACUUCUCUUGUGGAGAAGCAUAAACAAGAAGCAAGCAAGCCCAAGAAAAAGCAUAAGGAGAAAGUGGUCGAAGAGUGGUCAGGUCAACACCCUUGGAAGCCAUGGGACAGAGAGAAAGACUUAACCGCGGGGCGACAAAAAGUUCAGCUUGACCCCGAAAGCAUGGCCGAAGGUCUCUCUUCCAGGUUUUCGUCCGGCUCUUUUCAAAGAAAUUUCUUGUAGAUGCUGUAUUUUCGAGGGCAAGUUGUUAUAUAAGCUGUGGGUUUAGAGAAAGAAUGUGUUUAUGAAGGCAGUCAUGGAUUUCCAUGAUCGGCUUGUCAUAUGUUGAUGGUAUGAUUGCACAGUCCAGAUUUAUGAGUACACUCAAUUCAUACCCAUUUUAUCUGUGGGUGCCAUGUUGCUUUUCAGUUCAGGGGAUUUACCAUGUACUUGAUGAAUUUCAUACUUGGGGCAGUGUUUUCCUGUAUUAUUUGUGCUAUAUGCUCUAUGGGAAUGUUAGGAGUGAAAAUUUAGAGGAUUGGCUUAUGCUUCAAGAAUUUCAUAUGUUAAGAAUUCUUAGUUCACUGAAUGGAUAUUGGGUGUGGAUGCAAUCACUAUACCCACCUCAUAACCAAGUUGAUUUUA